AACACUGUUAACCGCGCAAAUUGAUGUUUUUUGUUUUUAUUCUUGUUUACCAUCCAACAGCCAGCGGAAUGAACUAUUUUCCCAAUUACUAUUCCAUUGAGGACAUUUUCGUUACCCAGGAGAAGGUAGAAUGUCGGGUGAACACCAAACUGCAGCGUAUGGGUUUCCUCGACUCUGGUGCCGACACGGAUGACCUGGAACCGAACCGCACAGUCAAUCUGCCCCUCUGGUACAUCAAAGAACUCAAAGUGAACAAUGCCUACUUCACGGUCUCCAUACCGGAGAUCUACAGAAACGUCCACAAGGCCGUCUGCGAGGCGGAGACCACUCACAUCGAGCUGGGUCGCCUGCAUCCCUACUUCUACGAGUUCGGUCGCUAUUUGACGCCCUACGACCGCAACCAUGUUGUGGGCCGUAUCAUCUUUGAGACGCUGCGCCAGCGAGUGCGUCACCUGCUCGACAUCUCGAAGAGCGACAGCAACCAGGCCAAGUCGGAGCACCGUUUGGACAACAUCGAAGCCAAGCUGCACGAGGCGGGAGUGCGCACCAAUAGCCAGUACAUCGACUGGCUGCAAAUGACGGGCAACAAGAUUCGGAUCUCGCAGCUGGUGGAGGAGCACCAGAAGAAGCGACGACGUGCAGACCGCAGUGACGACGAGGGCGAUAGCCUGCCCAACAGUAAGCGAGCCACCCUGUAACCCACAAGAGGCAGAUACUUUGUUCAAUCGGGGGGCAACUGUAGCAACUUUAUUUCAACCCGUGGGGCAGUGCCCGCACUCCAAAAAUACACUCAUUCUACUA